AUGGAGAAAGGGGAUGGGGCGAGCGGAGAGUGUGAGAGCGUGUGUGCUCGCGCAGAUAGUGCACCGGCAUGCUCAUCCGGCAACGCUACGUUCAUUAGCUCGGCCUCUGCCACCACCAGCUCCUUGUUCGCCACCCCGAUUGCCGCCUCGCCCUCCCCCUCUCCCUUCGACGCGUCCUCCACCCGUCCCAUCGCCACGACCUCCCCGACCUCCGGCCCUCCCUCCUCCUCUCUCUCCGCCUCUCCCUCGGCCUCUCCCUCUCCCUCGUCCUCCUCCCCUCCCUUCGCCUAUCCCUUCACCUAUCCCUUCGCCUAUCCCUUCGCCUAUCCCAUCGCCCAAGCCUCCGGCCAGCCCACCGUCUCGCCAUCCCCCCCGACCACCGCCACGUCCUUUCACGCGCUCACCUCCGCGCUCACCUCCGCGCUCACCUCCACGCUCAUCUCCGUGGCCCCCACCUCGCCCUCUGCCUCGCCCCACUCCACACGCUUGCCGGGGUUGCUCUGGUAUUUCUUCUUCGCGGCCACGUUUCCUUGCAGCACGUUUGGCGUUGUGCAGCAUGCUUCCACGUCCCGCUGCAGGAGGAGCAUUCAGCGUCGCCAUUGCUCUCCCCUUACCCCGCUCCAACGCUCUCUGCUCCUCAACAUCCUCAUCCAUUGUCGACGCCUGGCUCUGUUGUGUGGCCAUUGCUUGCGCUCCAGGGUACAUGAUAUUCUCAAUGUCGUCAUCAUCUUCAGCUCCAUGACUGUGCGGCUGGGUAGGUUCGCCACCUUCUCCGCCGUCGCCUGCAGCGCCGUUCUCUUCAUCGCAUUGGUCUUCCUCUCCCGCAACUCCAUCCCCCCCCUCGCCCGCAUAUCCUUCCCCCUCCUCUGCCGAAACUCCAUCCCCCCCCUCGCCCGCAUAUCCUUCCCCCUCCUCUGCCGCAACUCCAUCCCCCCCCUCGCCCGCAUAUCCUCCCCCCUCCUCUGCCGCAACUCCAUCCCCCCACUAGCCGGCAUAUCCUUCCCCUUCCUCUCCCGCAACUCCAUCCCCCCCCUCUCCCGCAUAUCCUUCCCCCUCCUCUCCCGCAACUCCAUCCCCCCCCUCGCCCGCAUAUCCUUCCUCCUCCUCUCCCGCAACUCCAUCCCCCCUCUCGCCCGCAUAUCCUUCUCCCGCAUCUCCGUCCCCCCGCUCUCCCGCAUAUCCUUCCCCCUCCUCUCCCUCAACUCCAUCCCCCCCCUCUCCCGCAUAUCCUUCCCCUCCCUCUCUCCCGUCUCCUCCCCCCCCCUCUCCCGCAUAUCCUUCCCCUCCCUCUCUCCCAUCUCCCCCCCCCCCUCUCCCGCCGUAUCCUUCACCCGCAUCUGCAAAUGCCGCCACCCCGUCCUCCGCAAACCCUUCUUCCCCUUCUGGGCCAUUCCCCAUACCCGCUCCCAUCACGUAAACGUCUUCCGCUCCUCCCUCUUGCCAAUUUUCCUCCUCUUCCGCAGACCCCUCCCCUCCUUCCAUUUCUUGUCCGAACUCCUCUCCUUCCUGAUUAAUGUACCCUGCACCUUGCCCCUCUUCGCCUCCUCCCCCCGCGUACGCGUUGCCUUCCCCAUCGUACCCUUGCCCUUUUUCUGUGUACCCUUCCUCGCCCUCGUCCUCGUACUCACCACCAUCACCCAUUGUGACGGACGCCUCAGCAAGCUUGCCAUAAAAGAGGGGAGAGGUUGCAAACCGUCGAUAGAACAGGUUUUUGCUGGUCGCAAAAGCUUCGAGAAGGAAGCCAGGCAGCUCACAAUCGCGACAUUGGAUGCAACUUGUUCAGUGUUUGUAGUAGCGUGCAACUGA